UAUCUUGAUGGACAGACUUAUUUAGAUAUCUUUAGAUUAUAGUAUUUAUUGUGCAUGGUUUCACCGCUGUUUCCUUGGCAUUGUUCCCUACAGAAUUUCUUUAUAUUUAAAAAUAUAUGUUAUAUUGUGUUGCGGUAUAUACGUGAGGUCAUUCAAACACACUGGAAAUCUGAGGAUUUUUUUAUUGACCUGUAGCUCAUAUCUUACACCACAAAGCAAACAUUUAUAUUACAACAGAAAACAAAUUAAAAUGAGACCACACACAUUUAAAUAAAAAAAUUAGGGGUACUCCAGUCUAACGUAAGGUGAAUUCGUGUAAACUGGGACACUGUUAAAAAGUGUCCGGUAUUUACACUACAUCCAAAGUACAUUACAUUGCACUUACAGUAUAGUACAGUUCAUGACGGACUUCAGAGACGCUUGAAUAGACCAACACAUGUUGGAUGACAUCAUGUCACAUAUCGUGUACUUUGGUCUACAUCUCAUCAUUUCUUUGUAAUGUGAUAAACCAAUAACUUGUGGGUAUUCAUAGAUCAUAGUCCAUACACCAUAUUCAUUAACCAUUCAUUUAUCUCAAGGGUUAAUUGAUACGGAUGUUGACGUUCGUCUGUGAACUUUCACCCAAAUACCACGUUUAUUAGGUCAGCAAAAAAGGAACGUGCUUUUGAGUCACACCAGGUUUCGGUUUUUGUCAAUCUUUCUCCAAGAACAAGUUUACAGAUAUUAAAAUGUGAUUUUUGAAGGCAAAAUCCACGCCAGUGUCUCGUUAUUAGUUUGUGUUAUUCGCAAGUCGUAUGUAGUUUGAAUGUCCGGAUGAAACCCCGUCAGCGCGCGCAUGACCUUUGCAUUACAUCACACCACAACACACCGCGUGACGUCAUCGCCGGUGCUCACAGAGUCGCUAUAAAAGCAGGAGCAGCCGCUCAUUUCCCAGCAAAAUAGUUCGGUGAGAAUUCACAUCCUCGUUUCCGACAGUCAGAACACCACAACAGGUAAAGUGAAUUUUCUUUUGUUUUGUCAGUUCUGUCACAUUUUGUUCUUGAAUUAUGUUUUUUCUUACGUUUUUCUGUACUUUCUGUUUUGAAAAAGGAACUUCUGCUUGUCCACUACUGUUGUUGUACUCUUUACCUAUUCUUUUUUUCAAUUACAGCGACAUGGCUUCUGUAGAUGUUAUGACAAACCAGAACGUAGUUGCCCGAGUGGCUAACCUUCCCUUGAUCAUUUCCACCUACGAUAUUGUGUCGAAUGUGUACUGCCACACCAAAGACAAUCAUCCGUAUCUGAAGUCUGUGUGCGAAGCAGCUGAGAACAGUGUGAAAACUUUCACCUCUGCCGCUUUCAACACAGCUUUACCUUACAUUGGAAAACUCGAGCCACAGAUUUCUCUGGCUAACACGCUGGCAUGCAAAGGACUGGACAAGAUAGAAAAGACCUUGCCGAUCCUACACAAACCCUCAGAUGAGAUUGUUGCAAAUGCUAGAGAGGCAGUGACAGGAGCCAAGGAAACAGUCACUGGGACUAUGAAUGGUGCCAAAGAGACGGUGUCUCAUAAACUGAGUGGAGUGAUGGACAGAACCCGCGAGGCGGUGCAGGACAGCAUGGAAAUAACCAAGACGGUGGUCAGUGGUGGAGUCCAAACAGUGAUGGAGAGCAAGGUGGUCAAGCUGGUGAGCGGCGGAGUGGACACGGCACUGAGUACAUCUGAGACCCUGCUAGAGCAAUACCUUCCUGAAACUGAGGAGGAGAAAGCGUCUGGAGAGAAAAACAAUGUAGGAUUUGAGAACGACGGAGAUGCACCCAGUUACUAUGUGCGUCUGGGGUCUCUCUCCACCAAAGUGAGAGAAAGGGCUUACCGGAGAGCUGUGGUCAAGGUUCGUAAUGCCGUGCGGCACAGCCAAGAGUCCAUAUCCCAGCUGAACCACACCAUGGAUCUGAUUGAAUAUACCCGAAAGAACCUCAAUGGUGCUAACCAGAAGGUUCAUGAGAAAAUGUGUUCACUGAUGGGAUGGAAGAAUAUGUCUCAGAGUCACGAAGAGAACGACAAGAUCACAGACAAUGAAGCAGAGCAAAUUGAAUCUCGCACCUUGACCAUCGCCCACAAUCUCAGCCAGCAGCUUCAGAGCACAUGUCUGGUCCUGGUGUCCAGUCUGAAAGGUCUUCCUCAACACGUCCAGGUCCAAGCCCUCUCCGUCAGUCACUCGGCCAUGGAGAUCUACACCAGCUUCAAUAAAGCUGCUGUCAUGGGAGAUCUGUCUGAUACAAUCCUCACCAGCAGUAGAUCUCAGAUGAACAGGAUACAAGACUCGAUGGAUAACGUCAUGGACUAUCUGAUCAACAAUACGCCGCUAAAUUGGCUGGUAGGUCCAUUUUACCCACACGUGGGACGCGCGGAUGCAAACGGAGUCAAACCCGGGCAAUCCACGAGCUGUCACCCUGAAUUAGAGAUGCUGUCAAUGUAAAAAAUAUUUUUCACAUAAAUACAAUCAUACAUUCAUGCGAGUCAAUCUGUGUCUGCUCAUACACUGUUUUGUAGUAAGAAAUAAUGUGUUAUUCUUCACCAAAUGUUUCGUGAACAUCUCAGCUUUACUCAUCUAAAAUUGUAUAAAUGAUCUUGAAGUGCCUUCUACCCUGUUUAAGCCAUUGUCUUGUGUCUUUUUUACAUUUCUAAUAAACAAAUACACAUUUA